UGCUUGCGCUGAGGUGGGAAGAGAACAACUGCUGUGCAACAAAUCUAUCUGGUCAAUCAAGUUAAUUUUAAUGUGACCAAUGCCGUGUUUUCGACAGUCCAAGAGCCUCACGAAACUUAAUGAAGCCCGCCCACGUUACCCACCUCACGAUUGGUCCAAAUACCGUUCGCUUGGUACUCUGUCAGCCCCGCAAAGCGCAAGCGCUGCACUCUGAAGUCGAACAGUCCUGAAUAGUGCCAAGGCGGCACUAUAGAGGGAUUUUCCGGCCCUGAAUAGUGCCGAUUUGGCACUAUUCAGGCACAAUUCUGAAUAGUGCCGGUGCCCGGUAUAGUGCCGGUCAAAUCGCCUGGACACAUAACGGCACUAUAUCGGGACACCUACUGUACCACAGUGGUCUUGCCGGCGUACCGAAGGUAAUCUUAGCUCAAGUGACUCUCCAGCACUGGGCGCGUCACAGAGCAGCGGGGUGUUCCGGACAACUCUCAACUCAACACGACCUCGGCUCGGCGGCACGCCGACCCCAAUCGACCGUGCCUCUCUCCCUUCGCGGUGCCGGCGGGGACUGCGCUCUCCAACGCGACACUCCGCCGUCGCGGGCUCGAGGCGCCAAGCGGGAGCCGAGAGUAACUCCACAACACAUCGCGACGAGCGCUGCAACCGCCCGCUCGCACCUGCAUCUUUUGUACUUUCAUCACUUUUAAGGUUGGUCGAGCUGAUUGGGAGACACGGUUUCCCUGUUCCGACUCCGAACCGACAUCAAUCUGUGUCCUUUGUUGUAGCAAAUUUAGGCUUCUGCUCCGUAGGUGCUCGCCUAACACGCCUAAUUUCGAGAGCUUGCACCUAAAAACACAGUUUAUUUUAAUCGCCUAAAAGCUUGCCUAAAAGCCAGCCGCUGCGCCUAAUCUCGGGGCGCCUUCGCCUAUUCUCGGGGCGCCUUCGCCUAAUCUGGCGUGUUUUGCGCCUAUUCUUGGCCUCUUUUUGGGCACCCCCCUACAAAGUAUCCACGGAGCCCCACAUGAAGACUCACAAGUACACCGACGACGAGAUCCGCAGCAUCUCGGUGUUCCCCUUCGUCGAUGAUGGCAUGGUGGACACGUUGUUGGCGGAAAAACAAGAUUUCUACCUCGCCGCCACUGACACCGACGCUGAAUACGACAACAUGGCAUUCUGGAGCGACCACAAGAAGGACCUCCCGACGUGGCACGCUCUCACGUUGGAUGUGUAUCUGUUGCAGCCAUCGUCAGCGUUCAUGGUGUACAGCGACCGCAUAUGCGCUGCCACACUCCUGAGUACAAUAUGGGGAAGGCCAGAAGUGGCAGGGGGCUGA